CCUUUAAAGCUCUUAUCUCGCCUUCCCUCGUCCCUCUCUCGCAAAACCCUAGACGCGGAGUCAGCCUUUCGCCGCUUCCUUCCUCUCUUCCCUCCUGUUGUUCCCUUGAGCGGUUUCCGAUCAGAUUGAAGCAAUGGCCGGGAAGGGAGAAGGUCCGGCGAUCGGCAUCGAUCUCGGCACGACCUACUCCUGCGUCGGAGUGUGGCAGCACGAUCGGGUGGAGAUCAUCGCCAAUGACCAGGGGAAUCGCACCACCCCCUCUUACGUGGCGUUCACUGACACCGAGCGUCUCAUCGGCGAUGCUGCCAAGAAUCAGGUCGCCAUGAACCCCACUAACACCGUCUUUGAUGCCAAGCGUUUGAUUGGCAGGCGAUUCUCUGAUGUUUCUGUUCAAAGUGAUAUCAAGCUCUGGCCCUUCAAGGUUGUUGCUGGCCCAGGUGACAAACCAAUGAUUGUCGUCCAAUAUAAGGGUGAGGAGAAGCAGUUUGCGGCAGAAGAAAUUUCUUCUAUGGUUUUGAUGAAGAUGAAGGAAAUUGCUGAGGCCUACUUGGGUUCCACUGUUAAGAAUGCUGUUGUUACUGUUCCUGCUUACUUCAACGAUUCUCAGCGCCAGGCCACCAAGGAUGCUGGUGUUAUUUCUGGUCUCAAUGUAAUGAGAAUCAUCAAUGAGCCCACAGCAGCUGCCAUUGCUUAUGGUCUAGAUAAGAAAGCUGGAAGUGUUGGUGAGAAGAAUGUUCUCAUCUUUGACCUUGGUGGUGGCACUUUUGAUGUCUCUCUGCUCACCAUUGAAGAGGGUAUUUUUGAGGUGAAGGCUACUGCUGGUGACACUCAUCUUGGAGGAGAGGAUUUUGAUAACCGCAUGGUCAACCACUUUGUUCAGGAGUUCAAGAGAAAGCACAAAAAGGACAUCAGCGGUAACCCUAGGGCUCUUAGGAGGCUCAGGACAUCAUGUGAAAGGGCAAAAAGAACUCUCUCCUCCACUGCUCAGACGACUAUAGAGAUUGACUCCUUGUAUGAGGGCAUUGAUUUCUACACCACCAUUACACGGGCCCGUUUUGAAGAGCUAAACAUGGACUUGUUCAGGAAGUGUAUGGAGCCUGUUGAGAAAUGUUUGAGAGAUGCAAAAAUGGACAAGAGCAGUGUCCAUGAUGUUGUCCUUGUUGGUGGGUCCACCAGAAUUCCUAGGGUGCAGCAGCUACUGCAGGACUUCUUCAAUGGGAAAGAGUUGUGCAAAAGUAUCAAUCCUGACGAGGCUGUUGCUUAUGGUGCUGCUGUGCAGGCUGCCAUCUUGAGUGGUGAGGGCAAUGAGAAGGUACAGGACCUGCUACUGUUGGAUGUCACUCCACUUUCUCUUGGCUUGGAGACUGCUGGUGGAGUAAUGACCGUUUUGAUACCAAGGAACACCACCAUUCCCACCAAGAAGGAGCAGGUCUUCUCAACCUACUCUGACAACCAACCUGGUGUCCUGAUUCAAGUUUAUGAGGGUGAAAGAACCAGGACUAGGGAUAACAAUCUUCUUGGAAAAUUUGAGCUCUCUGGCAUUCCGCCUGCUCCUAGGGGGGUUCCACAGAUUACUGUCUGCUUUGAUAUUGAUGCUAAUGGUAUCCUGAAUGUCUCUGCUGAGGACAAGACUACCGGGCAGAAGAACAAGAUUACGAUUACUAAUGACAAGGGUCGUCUGAGCAAGGAGGAGAUUGAGAAGAUGGUGCAAGAUGCUGAGAAGUAUAAAUCAGAGGAUGAAGAGCAUAAGAAGAAGGUUGAGGCUAAGAAUGCUUUGGAGAACUAUGCAUACAACAUGAGGAAUACCAUCAAGGACGACAAGAUUGCAUCAAAGCUCCCUGCUGCUGACAAGAAGAAGAUCGAGGAUGCAAUUGAGCAGGCAAUCCAGUGGCUCGACAACAACCAGUUGGCGGAAGCUGAUGAGUUUGAGGACAAGAUGAAGGAGCUGGAGGGCAUCUGCAACCCCAUCAUUGCUAGGAUGUAUCAGGGUGCUGGCGCUGACGUGGCUGGUGGAAUGGGUGAUGAUAGUCCCCCUGCUGGUGGCAGCGGGGCAGGUCCUAAGAUCGAGGAGGUUGAUUAAGCAUUUUAUCUUUCAUGGUAGGUCUUAUUUUUGGGUUCCAGGUGUUUUUCCUGGUUUGGUUUGAUUGAAGAAUAUUCAGGACUAGUUUUUGUUAAAUCCAGACUUUAGUAUUAUGGCCAUGCCCUUUCUCGUAGUUGAUGCUUUAAAUUUACUUAUUUUGUCGCCUUUUGAUUCCAUUGGCAAACAAUGUACUUGGUGGUGGAAAUUUUAUAUAAAUUUUGGACCUGAUAGCUCUGUCUAUCUAAGUAUUUCUUAGUA